ACAGAGCAAUCAUUAAUUAAUUGUACAGCCCAACUCCGCACACUCGUCACAGAUUCUGAGAAGAUGGCCAACCUUUUCGGAACCCUUAAUCGCUUCAUAUCACGCUUGGACUCAGAUCCAAACACGACCACCGCCUCUACUCAGGGCUCUACGCAGCCGUCUGGCAACCACUAUGGCUUCCAUGUGCUGCGCAACACCAACAGCCAGAUUCCCCUGGAGCCGUGGUUCGAUUUCAUCAUUGGCAUCAAUGGGCACAACAUUGACAACCCGGACCCCAAUUUGUUCAUGACCGAGAUCCGCAACUGCGCUGGAUCGACCAUUAGCCUUGGAGUCUUUGGCGCAAAAGGCAGUCAGAUCCGUGAAGUCUAUCUCUCUGUUCCGCCCGCUGGAGAUGCGCUAGGACUUGCGCUUCAAUGGGCUCCUCUUGACAUCGCGAAUGAUGUCUGGCACAUUCUGGACGUGAUGCCGAACUCUCCUGCCGACGUUGCUGGGCUCCUUCCAUACUCGGACUAUGUCAUCGGAAGUCCCGAUGUUGUUGGCUUGCGCGGCAACCACGCUCUGGGUCAGCUCGUGGAAGGGUACAUGAACUCAGCUUUGAGACUCUGGGUAUACAACCAGGAAUACGACGUGACGAGGAUGGUGACCAUUACGCCUGCCAAGAACUGGGGUGGUGAAGGCAGUCUCGGGUGCGUGCUAGGAUACGGAGCACUGCAUCGCAUUCCUGCACCGCUGGCAGAACCUUCGACUGGACCUGGUGAGACGAUGUUCGAUGGUGCAGAAGUCGCGCCGCCAACGUACGCGCCACAGCCUGGUGGUGAGCUCCAAAACGCGCAGGGUGGCCCAAAUGCCGGCGGGGACUUCCUGGUUCCUGCAAAUAUGGAUCUCAAAUCUGGAAGCCCAGGUCUGGACGGUGCCGGGGGACCUACGAAGCCGCCCCCGGCCGCAAAGGCCAAAAAGGCGCGAGCCCAUCAUGCGCCCGCAUCAGGAUUGGACGACUAUUUUGCUGAAGGCGAACAGAAAAGCAAGGAGUUGGAUGGUAAUCCGACUUCCAAGGCGAGCAAUCUGCCGCCUCCACCUCCCAAGGCGGGAGGUCCACCGAAGGCUGCGUCGUCUGCUGCUACGGCCGAUGAUUCUGAAGCCAAGGAUGAAGACGCGAGCUAGAAGCCGUUGGACUUCUCACUUCCUGCGAGUUUGAUACUGGGUGGCGCCAUCUCAGAAUGUGACAUAUCAGAACGCGACAUUCGAGUUUCCGAGUGUGACGAGGAAGGAGUCGACUCACUGCACAAGAAUCACAAAAGGCGUGCACUGAGCCCUGGCAAGCGGCUAGCUCUGCUGUUUGGGACAGUCCUUCUUAUCGGCUUGAUCUACUUCGGCAUCCUCAUGGUUCUACCAAUUAAAAACAAGAGCUCAUCAAAUGACAGUUGGACUGUUUGCAUGUCCUGCCACCGCGAGCAAGGUCACAACUCUUGUCAUCGUGUGCAGUGUGGCUACACCUAGAGACGUCCUACCUACACAACAGCGGACAGGGCAGGCGCUAUGGCAUGGGAAAUCUCAGAAGCAGCUUGUAUAUCUGCGCAGAUAUCAGGAUGAAGAGGGUGAACGAGGAGCUUGAGACAACCUAAAGAUUCAGAAAUAAUACAAACACGUUGCUUCCUAAUUCACAUCCCC